AUGGCCCCUUCAGCUAUAGACAAUGUAGUGGACGCAUUUCAUGGUGUAAAUGGGUACCACAGCAAUGGCGUUGCACUUACCAACGGCCUCCAGGAAAUUACCCUCACCAAUGGGCACUCUAUGAACGGUCACACCACCAACUCUGACGCUCUUUUGAAUUCCUCCCCAGACCCUCCACUCGAUCUUCUCUGCGUAGGAUUUGGUCCUGCAUCACUUGCCAUCGCCAUUGCGCUCCAUGACACCUACCCAGCUUCCGCACCAGCUCCGAAAGUCCUAUUUAUGGAAAAGCAGCGCCAAUUUAACUGGCAUGCCGGCAUGCAACUUCCGGGCGCGAAGAUGCAAAUCUCUUUCCUGAAGGAUCUCGCAACCCCUAGGAAUCCGAGAUCGCACUUCACCUUCUUGAACUAUGUAUUCCAACAAGGAAGAUUAAACCAUUUCAUCAACUUGGGCACAUUCUUACCGAGUAGAUUGGAAUAUGAAGAUUAUCUACGUUGGUGCGCGGGCCAUUUUGAAAGAGAGGGCAAUGUUUCGUAUGGCAUGGAAGUUGAGGGUCUACGAGUAGGAGAUCAGGAUCAUGAUGGGAAAGCCACGAGCUGGGAAGUUACUGCCAGGGAUCAAUCUGGAAACCUCGUCACGAGGAGAGCAAGAAAAGUGGUUAUUGCCGUAGGAGGCAGACCAGUGAUCCCGCAAUGCUUACGGGGCUUGAGGCAUAUUGCUCACUCGAGUCAAUUUUCGUCAACUAUCACCCAGAUUCAAGCCAGAGAGGAGGGUAGACCGCUAAAAUUCGCUGUCAUCGGUAGCGGACAGAGCGCGGCAGAGAUCUUCAAUGAUCUCUCGGAGAGAUUCCCUGAUGCGCAGGUGAAAUUAAUCAUCAAGGGAAGGAGUCUACGGCCAAGUGACGAUAGUCCCUUCGUCAACGAAAUAUUUGAUCCAGAUCGGGUUGAUGAGAUUUACAACCAAACACCAUCCGAGCGAGCAGAUGCCCUCGCUCUUGACCGAGGCACGAACUAUGGCGUGGUCCGCCUCGAGUUACUCGAGCACUUGUACGAGAGACUCUACAUGCAGCGUCUCCGCAAUCAAGACGAAAGUACAUGGCGAUGCCGCAUCAUUACAAACAGAGUUGUUCUCGCCGCCUCGCAAUCGCCAUCUUCUAACGGGGUCAUCCUCAAACUGGUUGCCAACCGGGAAAACAAAGCGGAUGUAAAUGGAGGCGAGGAAGAAAUUGAGGCCGACUAUGUCUUUACUGCCACGGGAUAUGAGCGCAAUGCACAUGCGGAUAUCAUAUCCGAAACUCGAGAUUUAUUCACCGGAGAAGCUACGAAGAGAGUGCCUGUUGGGAGGGAUUAUCGGGUGAUGUAUGACGAGGCGAAGGUAGAUGAGCAGCAGGCCGGCGUGUGGCUGCAGGGGUGUAAUGAGGCUACACACGGGCUAAGCGAUACCCUCCUUUCCAUCUUAGCCGUGAGAGGAGGCGAAUUGGUACAGAGUAUUUUCGGCGGAUCUUAUUCAAACCCCAAACAAGCAUCAUGA